UUUUCAGCAGGCUAAACUAAUUGCACUCCAAUAAAAAGGAGACUUAUUUCACCACAUUCCUAAAUAUUACUGCAGAGUGGAAAAGGCUCUUCAAAUCAACAAUGAGAUUUACAAAAAUGAUGGUCUCCAAAGGACUGAUGUUUACUUUGCUGCUGGCUAGCCUCCAGUGGACCAGAAAUAACAGUGUCAAGGCAAAUAUUUCCACAUUCUCUAUAAACAACUCAAACAGCACCACUAUGAAUCCAUCUACAUUUACCGUUACAUCUGGUAUAACUCCUGUAACUGUUACAUCACCAACAGACAUAAGUGACAGCAUAAGAAAAACUACAGGGAUGGAAAGCAGCACUCAAAACAGUGGCAUAAAUCCAACAUCUUCUCUUAACAUGUUGUUAUCACAAAAUACGCACAACCUGAAUUUUACUAAAGAAGGUGACAAUCACUCUGCUAUAAGUAUCAAUAGUACAUCAGUUCCAUCAGGCAUGCCCACAAAUAGCAAUUACUUGUCAACAACAAUCUCUAAAAGUGCUGAAACUACUGUUUAUGUGACAUCAUCAGAAACAAGAUCAAAUAAUUACAGCACAGCAACCUAUAAUGCCAAUUUUACCUCCAUGGUGUCUUCUAACAAAACUCAGAUGGAUUACACAACAGUUCACCCCACUAACAAUCUUCUGAAUGCUUCAGUUACAAUGCUGACAACCAAGAGUAACAGUAUUACAGCAGAGCUAUGGUUAACUUCACAAACUACCAGUCUGCAUUCUAAUUUUAGCGACAGUUCUGCAGAAGCAAGAGAACACCAAAAAGAAAACCACAGUCAUGGAGCAGUUGUUUUUGGUGCAAUUGUAGGAGCAGCACUAGGAUCAGCAUUGAUUGGCCUAGUUGGGUACUUUAUGUGUGGGAAGAGGAAAACUGAAUCUUUUGGACAUCAGAGACUUUAUGAUGAUACAAGGAGUGAUCCAGUUCUGCGACUAGACAGUACACCUGAACCAUAUGAUAUGUCAUACUACAAUCUUACAAUGGCCAAAGAGACAGCAGCCCAGAACAGCAAAGAAAAACCAUAUGAUACAAUUCCAAUGGAUGAUCUGGCUUCAUCACAUCCUACAGCUUAGUAUUAUGAAAACUGCUUUGGUUUUAAAAACUGAUAUUAGUAGCUUUGUUUGUUUUUAUAUGUAUCAAAGACUGAUUUGUAACAGUUUAAUAUAUAUAAGCACUAAUCCUAUGCCUGUUGAUACACAUGGUUUUGGAUAAUGUGUGAGAAGCAAGGGCUGUUCCUCACAC